AUGUCCGGACAUGGUACAAGCGGCAGCAAAGGACUGGGAAAGGGUGGUGCCAAACCGGCAAUUCCAUGGUUCUUCAUGCAGAACAGGCUAGCUGAUCUUUACACCACUACGCAGAUCUUCCUGGAGAAUGUCAUCAGGGACUUUGUCACUUGCACUGAGCAUGCCAAGCGGAAAACAGUCACUUCGCUCAACUUUGUUUACGUCCUCAAACAACAGGCUCAAACACUCUAUGUAUUUGGAGCUUAA